AGUAUGUAAAGUCUGUGGUGUUGGAUGACGUAGCAGAUGCUGAAUCUGGUUCAGUAGGAUGUCUGAGAGAAAGAGAGAGCAGAGACAGAAGGAGAGGAAAAAAAAGCAUCGGAAUAGUUUAAAGUAGUUUUUGCUUCACUGUAUUUAACUUGUCCCGUUAAUCUUCUCCUGCUGGUGUUGACAUAUUGGGUUUUGGUAUUGGUAUUUGAGUCCGGUUUCAGCACUAGGGUGUACUUGUUUCCAUCACCCAGGCCAGUGUAGCAGCAGUGAUGAACUGGUCGGGACUGGAGAGUCUGUUGAGUGGAGUCAAUAAAUACUCCACUGCGUUCGGGAGGAUCUGGCUGUCCAUGGUGUUUGUGUUCCGUGUCCUGGUGUUUGUGGUGGCAGCGCAGAAGGUUUGGGGCGACGAGAGCAAGGACUUUGAGUGUAACACUCGACAGCCUGGCUGCACCAACAUCUGCUAUGAUCACAUCUUCCCCAUCUCCCAUAUCCGUCUGUGGGCACUGCAGCUGAUUUUUGUCACCUGCCCGUCUCUGAUGGUGAUGGCUCAUGUUAAAUACCGCGAAGGAAAGGACAUGAAACAUGUGGAGCUGCACCCCGGCUCUCACCUGUACGCCAACCCUGGCAAGAAAAGAGGGGGGCUGUGGUGGACCUAUCUGCUGAGUUUGGUCUUCAAAGCUGGAUUCGACACAUCAUUUCUUUACAUUCUGUAUCGGAUAUACCAUGGAUAUGACUUGCCCAGGUUAUCCAAGUGUUCACUGGACCCGUGCCCUAACACCGUGGAUUGCUUCAUUAGUCGUCCAACAGAGAAAAAAAUCUUCAUGUUGUUCAUGGUUGUAUCCAGCGCGCUGUGCAUCUUCAUGUGCAUCUGCGAGAUGGUUUACCUCGUCAGCAAGCGCGUCGCCAAAUUGUUAAGGAUCCGCCGAGACAACGAGGGGUUCCCAUUUGCUGAGCAGCACGAGCUCACCGACAUGGCCCCACGUAGGUCUCAGUAUCGUAGGACUGAUCCAACAUUGACAGACAGCCAGCUCAGUUUAAACAAGAAGGAGAAGAUCAGAGAAGGUGGUAAAAGCACGGCCCUGUAGGAGGUUUGUUUCUAACGGGUGACUACACAACAGGACCAAACGUUACCUGGUAGAGUUGUUGAACUAAAAGACCAAUCAAUGGACCGAUCCCGUGUUUAUCCCGACCCAGCAAGACAUGUAAUAUUCAUCAUUUUCCUUUGAAAGGAUCUCCAACCCUGGCUGGUUGGAUGUUGAAGGACACUUUAAAGAAGAGGAGUACUAGUAUUUCAAUCAAGAGUGACAAGGGAAUGAAGUAAAGAUGAAUGUGUAUUAUAACAGAUGAUAUGUGAUAUUUAGGUUUUGCUAGAAAGUCUUUGGUGCUUAGACUCUACAGGGAGAUUUGUAACUGAGGGGCAUCUGCCCUGAGCAGCCGCCAGAUAAAUACCCCCAUGGAAUCCAGACACUGGAGGUGGUUGGCUGGUAAAUCUGAUGAGGCUGAUGGCGCUGAAGAACCUGCGAAGACUGGCAGUGAUGGGGAAGGGGAGAGGGAGCAUUGCCAUUUGGAACAAUUUGCACUAAAAUGACAGCUGACAACCGAAAAGAGAACAGAUUUAAAUAGCCUAACAGCCAAAUUAAUAAUUAAACCAGUACGAAUAUACUAACUGCAGUUAAACAGAGGCAGCAGCAGGAUGACGAUGGGCUAACAAUGUUUCUGUGUUGCUGAGCUAUUUGGAUAGAUAAGAUCAGCUGAUCUCAUCAGAUAAGGUCAUUGACCGGACAGGAGAAGGAAUAAUGAGUGUGCAUGUGUGUGAGGAUUGAAUGCAGAUACGUAAGAAAUGAAGAAGGCCAAAGCAUGCAAACGUAUACUCUUCCUGAGUGAAUGCUUUUGCUUAUUUAAUGUUUGAAUAUCACAUGUUUUUUGUAUAUUAUUUGUAUUUGUAUAUGUUAUAUUGCAAUUGUAUAUAUUUGGAUCUUUGGAUCUGAUCAGCUUAUGGCUGACUGCAGCCUACAAGGACCAACAUCCAGCUGGCUUUUAUAGCACACAGUAGAUCUGACCGUUCUGAUUCUGAAGGCAUUGUUGAUCCCAAAUCAACAUCAAUGUGUCAUUUUAAUAACAUGUCACACCUUAGUGUACGUAUUGUAAAUUACAACAACACUGUAAAUAGCUUUACUGAAUGUGCAACUUUGAAAAAGAUUGCACCCGGGUCUUUGUGCGUUCAUAUUUCUUCAACUAAAGGGACCAAAAUGCUGCUGGGAAUUUAAUGAACUGAUGCCCCACAUGAAGUGUUGCGUUGUCAAUGUGAGUUGUUCCACUCCUUGCUACAUUGAACCAUUGCACUAAAUCUAGAUUUGGAUAUUUUCUCAGAGGAUGUUAGCUGGCAGAGUGAUG